AUGAGCAGCGAGAGCAGGAUAGUCGGUGAGUUUAGCGAGUACUUGAAGGAGGUUGAGCAGCGGGUGCGACGGGAGAUAGAAGCAGAGCUUGCAGAGAAGUAUGAGCGACGGUUGAAAGAGCUUGAAGCUGCAGCUGAGGGCCAUACCAGGGCUGAUAGCCAUGUCAGGGCUGAUGGUAACGGUGUGGAAGUUACUGAGGUACAGGAACGAGGCAUUGAAGGUGGUUUUUCGGAUAAGCGUCGACCCUCAGAUGAGAAGGACAGACACCUCAAGCGGAUACGAGGGAUCAAAGAGUGGCCUGAGGUGGUUAUGCGAUUACACAAGAGGCCGCCCUCAAAUGCUACAAUGCUUAUGUGGGAGGAGCUGGAGUGUCUGCUGAUAUACUUACACACCGGGGUGAACAUUACCGAACAGAUCAAGGACAAUGUCUGCCGUGUGGAGGCGGUACGGAUGGCGCAAUUGGUGUGUUUCACCGAGAUUACGUCGCUGGAGGCCAAGAUCCAAUUGGUUCAGGAAGGGUACGGGAAGAUCAGGAGCAAGCAUGUGGACAGCAUGCUGUUCUCGCUUGUAGCACGCUUCUGUCCCCACAUAGUCCUCGAUGCCAACGAGGAGCUAGUGGGUACCUACACCAAGGCGAUUACCGAAACAGACUUGCUUACACAAGACAGAGACUUAUUUAAGGACGACUACUUGGCCAAUUAUACAGCUGAUCUAUUAUCAGUGCAAGAGUUACUGAAGCAAGAACAGGUGCAGUAUAACGACUGGACUGUUUUCCUUGACGCAUGCAUCCCAGAAAAGAUAUCAGAUGGUGUACUAAGAAACAGCAAUAACAAUCUGUUACCUUGGGAUUGUGCCGUUCUGGAGAUAUUCAAGAGAUGGGGGUCCAGUAGAAUGGAAGCAGAAUGA